UAUCCACCUCCCUUUCCUCCCCGCACUCCAGCCCUGCCUGCCCAGCGCACCAACACAACAACCACCGCCACCGCACCGCCGAGCGCUGCGCCGCUGCCCAACACUUGGCAUCGUCCUCCGCCGCCGUCACUCCUUCCAUGGCGCCCAAGAACGCUCUCCCCGCCGCCAGCGCCGUGACCGACGGCAUGAUGGAGCCCAGGUUCCGCGGCGUCAGGAAGCGCCCGUGGGGCCGCUACGCGGCGGAGAUCCGGGACCCGGCCAGGAAGGCCCGCGUGUGGCUCGGCACCUUCGACACCGCCGAGGCCGCGGCGCGCGCCUACGACGCCGCCGCGCUCCACUUCCGCGGUCCCAAGGCCAAGACCAACUUCCCCGUCGCGUUCGCCGCGGCCGCGCACGCGCAAGCGCUCGCGCUCCCGCUCCCGCUGCCGCCGCCGCCCAAGAAGCUGGCCGUGAGCCCCAGCAGCAGCACCGUGGAGUCCUCGUCCCGGGACUCGCCCGCCACGCCGCCCAGGGCUCGGUCUCCGUCUCCGGCCCCGACGGUGAUGCCUGCGCCGUCGCUCGACCUUUGUCUCGGCAUGCCGGCCAUGGUGGCUGCGCAGCCGUUCCUGUUCCUGGACCCGAGGCUCGCGGUGACCGUGGCCGUGCCGGCGCCCGUGGCCUGCCGGCCGACCGCUGUUGCCGCCGGUGCCAAGAAGCAGACAGCACCAACAUCCUGCGGUGGAGACGAGGAGCAGAGUGACACAGGGUCGUCGUCAUCUGUGGUGGACGCCUCCCCGGAAGCGGUUUGCGUGGGGUUUGACCUCAACAUGCCACCGCCGGCCGAGGUGGCGUAGAUGGCGGACCUGCCGCAGCGCCCGAUGACACACGGCUCCUCCAACGUUGUCGAGUAUGCGUAGAUGAUUAGCACUUGUAUUAGUAUGAGGUUGGUUGCUCGAUCGUUUAAUUUGCUACGAUGAGUUACUACUAGGUGUACAUAGAUGUUCUUUUUGCAUCGGCGGCUAGGUAUAACAAAAGUUACUGCUUGCCGAUGUUACAAAACAAAAUACUACGAAAAUGUUUUGUUCUUCGUUGUUUGUAACAUAUUAAUUUGCUGAUUAACGAGAGAUCUACAGUUUUUUGCUCAUA